AUGACAUCGCACGCCCUUCUCACUGCCUUCAACGCAGCCAAGCCCGCGCUCGGCGCGUGGAUCACCCUAUCUGAGCCUCUUACGGCACGCCUCGUCGCAGGGUCGUCGCCUCAUCUUGACUGGGUCGUCAUCGACUGCGAGCAUGGGCUCAUUUCGCUCAAUCCGGGAGCGUCGAACUCUAUCCAGGCGAUCAUGAGCCUUGGGGAGAAGGCACCGAGCGCGCUCGUACGUAUCCCGGCAACGGGUGCGAGCGCAAGCACGAGCUGGCAGAUCAAGUAUGCGCUCGAUGGAGGCGCGAGGGGUGUUCUUGUGCCUAUGGUUGAGAACGCGGCCAAGGCACGCGAGAUCGCUUCGGACGCGCGAUUCCCUCCUGUUGGACGGCGUGGGUUUGGCUCCCCAUUCAACCAUGGCUUCUGGGGGCUCUCCGCGGCGGAGUACAUGCAAGGGGCAAACGAGUCUGUUAUCGUGAUGGUACAAAUCGAGACCAAAGCCGGUGUGGAUCACGUCGAAGAGAUAGCAGCUGUCGACGGUAUCGACGUUCUGUUUAUUGGUCCAUACGAUCUAUCUUUGGGGCUUGGGUACCCACCCCCGUCGCCUGACCCGCACCCUGAGGUCGAGAAGGUCAUUCAUCAAAUCAAAGAUGCCGCUCACAGCAAAGGAAAGAAGUGGUGA